CUCUGGCACCCACUGAAUCAACCUCAAAGCUAUUCUCACAUUUCGGUUGGAAGUCGCACCGUUAACAAGCUCCGGGAAUGGGAUCUUCAGUGAGUACAAAGAAAAUCUUUCUGUUCUUCCGAGUUUACGCGCUCCAAAGACUACUUUUUAAACUCCGAGGGUAGUUGGCUGUGGGUAUAGCAAGACAGGCGAGGCUCGCGGAAAGAAGCCCUUGAUUGAAUGACAGAUGGGUUAAGGUUUGGAAUUUGUAUUUCAGUCUGUCCUAUCCACAUAAUCUAUUAAUUCAGAAUAUUGAUCCAGUUUUGAAUGGUCUACUUGAUCAACGUCAACAUCGUGACCGGCAACAGAGUUAACCAAGUGUACCCGUGCGUAAAAUCAGUGUCCUCGCACUAAAGCUAUAAAACUUCUCAAAAUAGCUUAUGUUUUGUAAACGUGGAACCGUUUUAGGCAUCAAUUGAAUUCACCAACUACUGUCUUAGUAUUAUCAAACAUGGCAAAGUGGUUCAGGGAUUUCCCUAUCAACUUGAGGAACGGGACCGAACGUGUGCGCUCCGCCUCUGAAUCAGGUCCCCAAACGCGACCCAAACCCGGGAUAACACGCGACAGCCUGAAGGGAAACCAGCGUAAGGAUGGCUCUGGAGGAGUCGGUUCUUUACUGUCAGGGAGAACUAGAAAAAACUCGGCGUUUGAACUGGGUCGUAGCGGCACAUGCAACGGCGGGACAGUCUGGGACAAUCUCAUCCCCGGUAAGAACCGCAAGAGUUCCAAGAUCGAGACAGGAGUACCAGAUGAGAAUCGACCGCUGAGGACGUCCAGUUUGGCGCACGCGUACAUCAGCAGGAUGAUUAAAGUGGACAAGCAGGACAAGCCCCAGGUCGUCAGCGGCUCAGAUCAACAGGAGAUGCCUGAGAACGAGAGGGGAAGAACCGAAAUCAAGACAGCAACGCUGAUCAUCCAGAACUACGCAGACCCGUACGACGCAGAGCAGACACGCGAGCAGAGGGAGGCGGAGAGAGCGGGAGAGGACGAUGGAUACAUGGAGCCUUACGACGCCCAGGUCAUCAUCACAGAGGUUCGUAGGCGCGGCUCCAAGGACCUGCUGAAGGUGUGUGUGCUGCUGGACCGAGGCCAGGGGGAGGGGCGGAGCCUCGCGCCUCCUAACAUCUACGACACGCCCUACGAGGGGGGGCCGGAGGGCGACGCCGGGGGGGUGUGGAUCCCCGUCACACGGCCCGAGUCCGACGCCCGCCCCACUGGGGAGUACGAGCUGCCCUGGGAGUGGAGGAAGGAGGACAUCGUCAGGGCCCUGUCAGCUCAGUUCCAGGGGGUGGACUGUUCCCCCAGUAAGGAAGACUCUGCUCUGCCCGGCCGCCCUCAGCUCCAACACAACCUCAAACAGAAGACCUGGAACCAGAAAACCCUCAUCUCUUCUUCCCUCUGGCCAUCCCCCCCCUCUCCCUUCUUCCCCUCCUCUCCCAUCCUUAAGCUUUCUCCCCUGUCCUCCCCUCCCCCUUCCUUCCCCACCCUCAAACUCUCCCUCCCUCCCCCCUCUUCCACCAGCGCCACCAAACUCUCCCCUCCAUCUCCCACUCCCCCCUGUCCCACUCCCCCCUGUCCCACUCCCCCCUGUCCUGCGCUGGAGGUGGAGGCAGCCAGGGUGGAGCGCACCCUUCCCCUGGAGAAACAGAGCUGGUACCAUGGCAGUGUGAGUCGCCUGCAGGCAGAGUCUCAGCUGCAGCGCUGCAGGGAGGCCAGCUUCCUGGUCCGAGACAGCGAAUCAGGGACCAGCAAGUACUCCAUCGCUCUGAAGACCAGCCAGGGCUGCGUGCACAUCAUCGUGGCCCAGACCAGGAGCAGCAAGGGGCAGGGUUACACCCUGGACCAGAGCAGCUGUGUGUUCACCAGCAUCCCUGAAGUAGUGCACCACUACCACUCUCACAGGCUGCCCUUCACUGGAGCCCAACACAUGACCCUGCAGUACCCUGUCCAAGACCACACUGAACACACACACACCAUACACACACACACACACACACACACACACACAGAAACACCAAAGUGUUAAACAUAAACCAAACAGAAGGCCAGCGGACACACACACAUUUACAUUUAUGCAUUUAGCAGACGCUUUUAUCCAAAGCGACUUCCAAGAGAACACACACAUUUUUGUGAGUAAAUACCGUAGAUAUCCAGUCUUGGGUUGAUUCUCUCCUGCAGUAUGACUGUACAGCUGAUUGUACACGGGCAACUUGUGACUCACAAAUGCACAACCUAGUGGUGAAAAGCCCACACUGCUCCGUUCAAGGACACACACACAGCAGAGCCUGUUUCUCAUCGUAAAGCAGACACACACACAAACACACACACACACUGGCUGUAUUUAUAGUGCGGAGGAAAACAAUCUUACCAUUCACAGCUCUUUAGCUUUUCACAACUCACAUUAUUGUGCUCCGACAACUCACUUCAACAGAUGUUACACACCACAGUGUGUUACACACCACAGUGUGUUACACACCACCAUAGUGUUACACACCACUAUAGUGUUACACAC